UUGGACGCCUCCAAAAAUCUAAUUUGUGCGUCGCAAGCCUCGACUAAAACCAAACAACCACGGAAGACAAGUCCUUGUCUAGCAGAAAACAGCUCCACUGGCUCGCCCUGUGAUUGUCGAGUUUUCAGGUUUAAACAGAUCGCCAGGAAAUAGGACGUUUAUUAUUGUGUUGCUCGCAAAUAAUCCGCGGACAAGAACGCUGUGAUCCGUACUAAACGGCGUGGCAGGAUGUAGGUCUUCCCCUUUCCACAACCAGCAAUGAGGCUUGCAAAAUGUAUGAUGCUUUUCUGACUCAGUGGGUAACUUGGUCUAAUGAUGCCAGUCUUGGAGGGAUUGAAGGUUGUCAGACUCGAUUACAAGCUGCAGAUCCAGACUUUGUGAUGGGCCAUGUAAUUAUAAAUGGACUGGAGCUGAUUGGAACAGCACGGUCUGUUUUACUGGAUAAGGAUCUGGAUACCUCCAUCAAGAGGAUGGUUGAACUUUCAAAGACACAACAGAUCACUGAGCGGGAACAUUUACAUGUGGAGGCAUUGAGGAUGUUUGCAAAGGGGUCUCUUCCUAAAGCAUGUGACAUCUGGGAACAGAUACUUUUGAACCAGCCAACUGAUAUGCUGGCAUUGAAAUUAGCACAUGAUUCCUAUUUUUAUCUGGGAUAUCAGACACAGUUGAGAGAUUCCAUUGCACGGGUCCUUCCUCACUGGACACCAAAAAUUCCACUCUAUGGCUAUUUGAAAGGAAUGUACUCGUUUGGGCUGGUGGAGACAAACUUUUACAAUCUGGCAGAAAAAACAGCCAAGGAGGGAUUAGCUUUGAACCCGUCUGAUGCCUGGUCUGUUCAUUCCCUUGCACAUGUGCAUGAGAUGCGUGCGGAUGUGGAUGGAGGAUUAAAGUUUAUGGAGGAGACAGAAGAAAACUGGAAGGAUUCUAACAUGCUUGCUUGCCAUAAUUACUGGCACUGGGCGCUCUACCAUAUUGAAAAGGGUGAAUAUGAAGCAGCUCUCACGUUCUACGAUGACUAUAUUUCCAAAAGCUGUUUCACAUCUGGAUCAAUGCUGGACAUAGUGGAUGCAUGCUCUAUGUUGUUUCGCCUCCAAAUGGAAGGUAUUUCUGUUGGCCAUCGUUGGAAAGAGCUUGUCAAAGUUACCAAGAAUCACAGCAAGGAUCACAUUCUCAUCUUCAAUGAUGCCCAUAUACUCUUGUCCCUUCUUGGAGCUGAAGACACUGAGACAGCAGCUCAACUCAUCUCAUCAUUGCAAGAACUCUCCCAAAGUCCUGGUGAAAACUGUCAGUACCAGCUUUGUCAAGAUUUGGGACUUCCUCUCUGUCAAGCAAUAAUGGAAUUUUCAAACGGAAAUUACAGUCGCACUGUAGAUCUGUUAAACCCAGUUCGUUACCAAAUCCAGAAGAUUGGUGGUAGUAAUGCACAGAGAGAUCUCUUUAAUCUGCUGCUGAUCAAUGCUGGUUUAAAAUCAGACGACAAAUUUCACAAGAAGCUAGCUCGGUGCUUGCUGAUGGAGCGAGAUGCCCUGAGACCAAACUCUCAAAUGACCGAAAGACUUAUUCGCAAAGCUACAGCGUUGCACAGUGUAGAGUAAAUCAGGAUAUGUGCAGCAACAUAAAAUAGGAUAGAUUCGUUUUGCAUAAUUGAAAUCUGUUAGCAAUUAUUGAUUAUUAUUAUGCAGAAGAUGGGAGAAGGGAAUGGCGGUAUAGGGAAGCGAAAGGAAGACUGUGAAGGGAUAAGGGGGAAUACAGGAAUGUUGUUAAUGGGGAGCUGGAAAGAGAAAAGAAUAUUGGGAAAGGAAGGAGUAAGUGGAUGAAGAUGCAUGGAUUGGGAAAGUGGGGUUGGGGAAGAAAACUCUGGUUAAUACUUUGGGAUGAAGAGUGAGAGACUAAUCUUAAAUGUUCUUACUACAGGGGUAGGGAAUUCUACGGGACCAAAUCAGAGUGUAGUAACUGAAUAGGGCAGUAAACAUUGUCUAGCUGGGCUUUAAUAAGGCCUUUGACAAGUUCCAACAUGGUAGGCUAGUCUGGAGGGCUAGAUCACAUGGGUUCCAUGGUAAAUAGUCAAUUUGAUACAAGAUUCACUAAGUAAAAAGAUACAGAAGGUGGUAGUGGAGGAGUGUUACUCAGAUUGGAGGCCUUUGAACAGUGGUGUGCCACAGGGUUCAAUGCUAGUUCCACUGCUGUUUAACAUUUAUAUUUAUGAUUUGGAUUUCAAUGUUGUUAACAUAGCUAGUGAAUUUUGGGAUGACAUCAAAACUGAUGGUGUAGUGGACAGUGAAGGUUAUCUAAAGAUCUAGAUAAACUGGGCAAAUGGGCCAAGGAAUGGCAGAUUGACAUACCUUGAGCUGUUGAAGUUUGGGAAAUUAAAUUAAGACAGGACUUGCACACUAAAGUUAAGAACCUGGAGACUGAUCCAGAACAGAGGAUCCUAGGAGUGCACAUGGACAGGGUACUGAAGAAAACAUUUGGUUUGCUUGUUUUCAUCUGUCAGGUGUCCUGUAGUAGCAUUGAUUCCUCAAGAAUCAUACAAAAAAAAACUCCAACAUUUCCAGUUCUGAUCAUAGAUCUUAUAACAGAGGCACAAAGCAUACAUUUCACUUCCCUUCACCAUCUCCUAAGCUGUGAAUAUUGUAAAUGAAAAAGGAAGUUGGCAAAGAAAUAGACAUCUAUUUGCUGCAUUCAGUGGAUUUUGCUUUUAAAGACUACAAAUGCAGACUGAGAAUUAGUACUCAAUAUCAGCAACAUCCCUUUGGAGUGUUCAAGUAUGCACCAACUGAUGAAGUAGCGUUUUCCAUUCUCACUUCAGAUUGUCAUUUCCUCUCAGAGAUGUGUUUCCUAGAUCAAAUUUUCCAAUCAUUUUCAUUCAGAGUAUGAAUUCAAAUUAAACUGGAGCUGUCUAGGGGUUUCUAGAGGCACCAAGGGGGAAGUGCAUCAGUGAAAUUCAAUCUUAUUCCAAUCCAGUAGCUUCCCUCUUCCAUACAAUUACAAAGACACUCUUUUCAACCAGACUGAACACCAGCUCAAAUUUUAAAUUUUUAUUUGUUAGUAAAUUAUUUCUUGGUACCCCAUUCAUUGUAAAUUUUGUUCUGAGUCUGUGCUUACUUUUGCUAUCUGCUUGAGAUGUUGAGUGUUAGCUUCCUGUAAUUUGUUUCAUGUAUUGGUAGAAUCAUUGAGAUUGCAGAGUGCUCUUGCAUUGUUUUGGAAAAUCCUCUUGAACAGGGGUCCCCAACCUUUUUUUAUACUGUGGACCAAUACCAUAAAGCAAGGGGUCCAAGGACCCCAGAUUGGAACCCCUGCUCCAGAAAAUGGUCUUGUAGUACUUUGUACCUUAUUUUCAUUUUACUUGUUCUUCUAAACCCAUUUUUCAUAGGAUUUUAGAAACUUUAUCAUGCCUAAUCCACAAUUACUAAUACAAACAUAUCUUUUACUUGUUGCCCCAAAGGUUCCAGAUUCAUACUCAAUUCACUUUUGCAUUCAAUUUAAUAGAGAAAGAUAUACUUAAAAUUUAGGAUUUGACAGUGUAAUUUGUGUAGAUACAAUAACUGAAAAUGCACUUUUUAAAAAUAAAGUAA